AUGACGGGUGUAUCAGCAAUACUUUUUAUAAGCAUUUUAUUAAUGUAUUUGAUUUCAUUAGUUGGAAACCUGCUCAUUACAUCCCUUGUUUGCCUGGCUUCCACGCUGCACACUCCUAUGUAUUUCUUUCUGUGCAACCUUUCACUACAAGACAUGUUUUACAUCUCCUCCAUUUUACCAAAGCUCAUGGUUAUCACAGUGACGGGGGACACCAGCAUAUCUUUCCCUGGCUGCAUAUUGCAGAUGUUUAUGUUUGUAUUCUGUCUGGAUGCAGAAUUCUUCCUUCUGACCGCCAUGGCUUAUGACCGCUAUGUAGCCAUUUGUAAACCCCUUCACUACUCUGUCAUCAUGAACAACAGGCUCUGCUUUCUGCUGAAUGUUUUAUGUUGGAUUGCCGGUGGAUUAAACGGCUUGAUGCAUUCACUGAUGGUGUCUAGGUUAUCAUUCUGUAUGUUACAGGACAUUAACCAUAUCUUCUGUGAACUUAAAAUAAUUCUAGCAAUCUCUUGCUCUGAUACAUCAAAAAUGAUUACUAUCAUUUUAAUUGAGGGAUUGUUCAUUGGGGUAAUUCCAUUUGUUCUAAUAAUGACCUCUUAUGUAUUUAUCAUAUCUUCCAUUCUAAAAAUCCGCACAUCAGCAGGUAGACUCAAGACCUUCUCCAGUUGCUCUUCUCAUCUGGUCAUUGUUAUAUUACUCUAUGGAACAUCUCUUGGGUUCUACAUGAAGACAGAUUCAGAACAUUCUCAAGAGCAGGACAAACUGCUUUCCUUACUGUACAUUGCUGUGGUUCCAAUGUUAAACCCAUUAGUGUAUAGUCUGAGGAACAAAGAAGUCUUAAAUGCUUUGAAAACAUUUUUGAAAAUACCCAAAUAA